AAUCCUAAGGCCCUAAGCCUUAUAUAAAAAACUUAAAAUUCAUAUUUUAGUUGCAUUGAUCUUGAUAAAGCAUUUUGGGCCUAAAAUCCUAAGGCCCUAAGCCUCCGUGACUGACCAUCCUCUAGUAUUCACACUAUUUUUUGCAGGACGCCUAAAACCUCCACGUUCUCCUUUUUCUCAGCCUCCACAACCGCUCUUUUAGUUUCAGCUUGCCGUGUAUCCCAAACUACAUUCAACUCCGCAGUACAUAAAGAGUUCACCAACAAUAACGUGACUGCUCCUAACUUUUUUGAUCAUCUGAUUAUUGAUUUUGUCAUGGAUCCAGACUCUUUAGCAACCACGGCCACCAAUGCACCUAGGAAGGUGAGGUUUGCACCAAAAGUUCCUCCACGCAGAGACCAAAAGACUGUCGUCACCAAAGUUGAGAAGGUUGAAGAUGCCGUUGAUGCUGCUCAGGCUGAGGAACUAUUACGCCGGCUUAAUGAAUCUUCUGUCAACGCAAAGCCUAAAUUUGAAAGGAAAACUGGACCGGCACAUGUGGCAUUUGGCUAUGGAGGCUCAUCACCUUCAAUGAGGUCAUAUGGUGCUCCCAAGGGUGUAAGCACACAUCAUAGUUCAUAUCCUAAUGCUGGAGGUGCUAUGCGUAGGGUGCAGAAAGAAUACAAAGAACCAUGGAACAUCUUGAUCAAGAGGAAUUUGAUGAGGCCUCAGAAAGCUUGAACUAUGAUGAAUGCUCCACAAAUGCUGCUGUAGAGCUUGGUCUAACGGAAGGAAAGGAAACUAUGUUGUUUCUUCAAUUACUGCAAGCAUGCCUAUGGUAAAGCAAUUACCUAAUACGGCUGGCAGUGAGAUGGCAGAUACUUCUAAACAACAAAGAGUGGAGAACUUUUGCAGAAGUCCUGUAGUUUGGAUGAGUUGCCAGCAGGAUUUAUGGGUAAAAUUUUAGUUUACAGGAGUGGUGCUGUCAAGCUGAAGCUUGGUGACAACCUUUAUGAUGUUUCGGUAGGUUUGGAUUGUGUAUUUGCACAAGAUGUUGUUGCCAUUAACGAUGAAGAAAAGCAUUGUUGUACUUUGGGGGAGCUCGAUAAGCGUGUCAUCAUAACCCCAGAUGUGGACUCGAUGUUAGAUGGAAUGGCUGACUUGUAGUAUAUCCACUUGUUAAGCCAUGUUCUUUUGCAGAGCAAUUUAUUUCAUCCUUUAAAAUGGAUUUUUGUUGGGGUCAGAACAUCCAUUCAUGAUGUAAAACAAACAAACAAACAAAUUUCAGAAUUACUUUUACACAAGGAAAUGAAUAAUCACAAAUUGUCAGAAUCACGAGAUUCUGCGUGCCCAGAAAUUCUGAUCAUAAAAAAAAUCAGUAAACGGUUUUGUUGA